AUGACCCUGAUGGAGAACAUUUCAGAGGUGACUGAAUUCCUUCUUAUAGGGUUAACAGAUGUCCUAGAGAUGCAGGUCCCUUUAUUUACAAUCUUCACUCUCAUUUACCUCAUCACUCUGAUCGGGAACCUUGGGAUGAUGGUGUUGAUUCUGUUGGACUCUCGACUCCACACUCCCAUGUAUUUUUUCCUCAGUAACCUCUCCCUUGUGGAUUGUGUAUAUGCUUCCACUGUCACUCCCAGAGUAAUGGUGGGGUUUCUCACUGGAGAUAGGAUUAUAUCUUACAAUGCGUGUGCUACCCAGAUGUUCUUCUUUGCAGCCUUUGCCACUGUUGAAAGUUUCCUCCUGGCCUCAAUGGCCUUUGACCGCCAUGCAGCCGUGUGUAAACCCCUGCAUUACAGCACCACCAUGACAGGUACUAUGUGUGCCUUACUGGUCACCAGCUCCUACAUCUGUGGACUCGUGCAAUCUUCCAUCCAUGUUGCCCUGACUUUCCACCUCUCCUUCUGCCGUUCCAACAUAGUCAAUCACUUUUUCUGUGACAUCCCCCCACUGCUGGCCCUCUCCUGCUCUGAUAUCUACACAAAUGAGAUUGUGCUCUUCACAUUGGCAGCGUUCAGUAUCUUUUUCACUAUCUUGGUUAUCUUGGACUCUUACUUGUUCAUUUUUAUUGCUAUCCUGAGGAUGCACUCAGUUGAGGGACAGAAAAAGGCAUUCUCUACCUGUGCAUCCCACCUCACCAUGUUUCCAUCUUCUAUGGGACAUGUCUUCAUGUACUUACAGCCCAGCUCCAGCCAUUCCAUGGCCACAGACAAAAUUGCGUCUGUGUUCUACACCAUGGUCAUCCCUAUGCUGAACCCUCUGGUCUAUAGCCUGAGGAACAAAGAGGUUAAGAGUGCAUUUAUGAAGGUGGUUGGAAAAGUGAAGUCUUCAUUGGGCUUAGCUUUCUGA